GUUUUAUUCCUUUAAACUUAAAAGUGGUCUUAUUUUCUUGUUUGGGUUUUUUCUCCAAAAUCAAUUCUACUCUCCUAGAAGCAAUUCCAAUAGAAGCUACAAUUCCUAGCUUUUGAGGGAUAAAUGAAUGAUCAGAAUGAGCAAUUGGACAACAAUAGAGAAGAAGAAGAUGGCAAUGAUGAUGAUGAUGAUGAAUUUUUUCAACAAGCUAGUUUUGUGGCUGCACUAAUUGGAGAAUACGCAGUAAGUCAAUUAUGCAAAGAACCAUGUAGAACUAGUGAAUUAAGCGGUCAUGCAUGGGUUCAAGAAAUAUUGCAAGGUAACUCCACUCGCUGUUAUGAGAUGUUUCGAAUGGAAAAACAUAUUUUUAAUUUGAUAUGCACUAAACUAGUUGAGCAUGGUUUAAAGUCUUCUAAAAGAAUGGGAGUUGAAGAAAUGGUUGCAAUGUUUUUAGUUGUUGUUGGACAUGGGGUAGGUAAUAGAAUGAUUCAAGAAAGGUUUCAACACUCAGGGGAGACUGUUAGUAGACAUUUUCAUCGGGUACUUCGUGCUUGUCUUAAGUUGUCUAUGAAAUAUAUUAAACCUGAAGAUCCUACAUUUCAUGAUUGUCAUUCAAAAAUAAAAAAUGAUCAACGUUAUUGGCCUUUUUUCAAGAAUGCUAUAGGAGCAAUUGAUGGUACUCAUGUGUCAUGUGUAGUUAAUGCCAACGAGCAAACCAGGUAUAUUGGAAGAAAGGGAUAUCCUACACAAAAUAUAAUGGCUGUAUGUGAUUGGAAUAUGUGUUUCACUUUUGUAUUAGCCGGUUGGGAAGGUACUGCCCAUGAUGCACGUGUUUUUGACCAAGCUCUCACAAAUGUGAACCUUAAUUUUCCACACCCUCCUCCUGGUAAGUAUUAUUUGGUAGAUUCUGGCUAUCCAACACCAAUAGGAUACAUUGGUCCCUACAGAUGUGAACGUUAUCACCUUCCUGAUUUUAGGCGUUCUAACGGGUUCGCAAAUAAUAAUGAAGUAUUUAAUUAUUAUCACUCAAGUUUAAGGUGCACAAUAGAAAGAACUUUUGGAGUAUGGAAGAACAGAUUUGCAAUUUUGCGUUGUAUGCCCAAGUUCAAAUUUCAGACGCAGGUUCAAAUAGUCGUCGCAACAAUGACCAUUCACAACUUUAUUAGAAGGAAUGCAGAAAUUGAUGUUGAUUUUAAUCUUUAUGAAGAUGAAAAUACAACCAUUCACCAUGAUGAUUACCAUAUAUCGCCUAACUUAGAUCAAUCACAAGUUUUAAAUGUCGCUUCAUCAUUAGAGAUGGAUCACGUUCGCGACUCAAUUCGCAAUAAAAUUAUAGAGUACAAGUUAAAAACUUAA